UUCUGUUGAUUCCUUCCUUCUUUGUUUUCAACCCUGCCACGAUCUCCUUCAUAAAAUUGAUGGCCGGAGAACAGUCACGUCCUGUGCUCCAGUCACAACCAUUUCUAGCCUUCCCUGAGGAGCCACCAAAACCCUCAGGAAGAUUUGCUAUCGCGAGGAGAAACUGAGGCAAAAAGGACGAGGCUGCCUAAGUUUUACUUAAGUCGAGUUUGCGGACGCUGAGCCUUUUAACCCCUUGCUCCCAGAUACAGUGCCCCUACCGUGGCUCCUGGCUAGGUGCAACCCACUUUUUCCUGGUGUAAGGCUGGGGGCGGGGUCUAGCUGGGCAGGUCCAGGAUGCGAGAUCCUGGAGGAAAGAAAAGGAGCAGUGUUUGGGGCCGUCAGCAGGCUAGGCUGGCUUGGCAGGGCUGGACUCUUCCUAAGAGUGCCUCCCAGUAGAAGGAUGGAUUUCAGAACCCCUGAGCUGCUGGACAUGUGGCUAGAGCCCCCAGAAGAUGUCUUCUCAACAGGAUCCUUCCUGGAACUGGGAUUCCACUGUCCACCUCCAGAGGUCCCUGUGACUAGGCUGCAAGAACAGGGGAAGCAAGGCUGGGAGUCCAGUGGGGGCCUUGGCUGUGGCCUUCAAGAGAGUGAGCCUGAAGAUUUCCUGAAGCUUUUCAUUGAUCCCAAUGAAGUGUACUGCUCAGAAGCAUCUCCUGGCAGUGACAGUGGAAUCUCUGAGGACCCUGGCCAUCCAGACAGUCCCCCUGCCUCCAAGGCACCCAGUUCCCCUGCCCUCUAUGAGGUUGUCUAUGAGGCAGGGGCUCUGGAGAGGAUGCAGGGGGAAACUGGGCCAGCUGUAGAGCCCAUCUCUAUCCAGCUAGAUCAGCGGAGCCCACCACUUUUGAUGCCUGAUGCCUGCAUGGUCAGUGAACUGCACCUUGAUGCUCAUGCCCACAUCCUGCCCAGAGCAGGCACUGUAAACCCAGUGCCUCCCGUGACCCUGCUGCCCUGUCAAACCUUAUUCCUAACAGAUGAGGAGAAGCGUCUGCUGGGGCAGGAAGGGGUUUCCCUGCCCUCUCAUCUGCCCCUCACCAAGGCAGAGGAGAGGGUCCUCAAGAAGGUCAGGAGGAAAAUACGUAACAAGCAGUCAGCUCAGGACAGUCGGCGGCGGAAGAAAGAGUACAUCGAUGGACUAGAGAGCAGGGUGGCUGCCUGUUCUGCACAGAACCAGGAACUACAGAAAAAAGUCCAGGAGCUAGAGAGGCACAAUAUCUCCCUAGUGACUCAGCUCCGCCAGCUACAGAUGCUCAUUGCUCAAACUUCCAACAAAGCUGCCCAGACCAGCACUUGUGUUCUGAUCCUCCUUUUUUCUCUGGCUCUCAUCAUCCUGCCCAGUUUCAGCCCCUUUCAGGGUCUACCAGAAGCUGGGCCUGACGAUUACCAGCCUCAUGGAGUGAUUUCCAGAAAUAUCCUGACUCACAAGGACAUGACAGAAAAUCUGGAGACCCCAGUGGUAGAGUCCAGAUUGGGGGGGCCACCUGGGGGCGUAAAUGGCUCCACAAGUACACUACUUGAGAAGACAGGAGGGAAGCUAGGCCCCAGCCGGCGCGUCAGAACUGUGCUGCAUGCAGAUGAGAUGUGAGCUGGAACACUUCCUGUCCCAUUUCCCAGUCGCAGUAAGGAAUCAGGGCUCCCCUAUGGUUUUGCUUUCCCCUGAGAUUCCCACUCAGCGUUCUUUGGCCUCAGGGGUCUAAAUCACUUCAGGACACCCUAGAUGUCUAUAUCCUGAGGCCCAUACCCCGUGAGGGGACACCUCAAAUACUUUUGUCGUGUAUCUGUGAUUUUAUUUCUUCUUUGGGCUUAGGGUUGAGGGGAAACAGAAGUUUUGGUUGAGAAAUAAACUUUUUGCUAAAACUG